CUACUUCGUAAAUACCUCACCCCCGUCCAAUGAUCAAGUGACGUGCCACCAAUAUAACCAUUGGCCGGCCAACAGCACUCUUUUGGAUUGCGGAAUGGGCAUCAACGUCAGCAGGACGGCCGAUCUGGGGUCCAACCAGUGGCUUCAGCGCUUCGUGGGCCGCCAGCACAUCGCCCACGAUGACGAGGCCUUCUGGAACGGGCUUCUCAACUACAACAUUGUGCUGCCGGAAAGCAGCCAGGAUCAGCUAAACCUGGACAGCCGGUUGGAGGCGCUAUGUCAGUCAUUUAUCGGCAACAACCUGAAGACGGGCAAUUUUGGCUCCCUGGUGACAGUGUUCCUGGAGAAGACCAGCGAGCUGCUGUCUCUGUCCGAUCAGGAGAGUAACAUGCAUGUCUGGCAGACCUUCAACGCGCUCUUUAUCAUCCGAAGCCUGGUCAAAUACAUUAACGAAACGGGAUCCGAGUUUCAGUUACUGCAGCACUUCGAGGCGAUGCCCAGUGCCGAAUUGCUCCAGGCGGCUUUGGAUCAGCAGCUACAGACACCGGCGGAGAGUGCAACCAUUGCCAUGGAAGCUACCGAACAGUCGGCAGCGGCUGCGGUACCGGUGAUUGUGGACGGAUCCAAGUUUGAAACCUUUAUCGAUGCGCUUGUCAACCUAAUCGUGGUAAUUCCCGUGAAGGAGUUCACCUACCACUUGCACCUGGAGGCUGUAAACAUGCUGAUCACCCUGCUGUCAGUGCACUUGUUCGCUCAGCAGCCCACUGAUAAGUCGAUCGUGUUCCGGACGGUCUUUAAAUGCCAGCACGCCAACGUGCUGAUGUCGGCACUGUUGCAUUUUGUGGCGCGGAUGGUGGAGGUACCGCACACUAUGUUCGGCUCCAGCUCGGCUGGGUCCUUCGUUUUUGGCAUCGCCGAGUCCCUGCUCUCCAUCCUCACUUUCCGUAAACAACCAGACAUUCUGAAGACCGGCCAAACAACAGGUAGCGGAGAGCUUUCGCAGAAAUUUCGCACGCAUUACCCACUGGCCAACCAGAGUUUACUGCUAAUCCUGAUCUUAACCAACCAUUGCACAGCCCAGGAGAACUCAUACCGAGCAAGCCUGUUUGGUUGUGCCGACUCCAAGGAUUCGCCGAAACAGGGCGCUGUCUCCUUCCAGAUAGACUUCUCGGCUGUGUAUGAAACCCUGUGCCUCAUUGUCACUAUCGAUCAGGCUACGCUACUGCUCUACCUGCUGCUGCAUCGCAACGAGCGUUUCUACCGGUUCGUCAUGCAGCAACAAGAUCUAGAACAACUAGUUAUACCAAUUCUUCAGACUCUAUACAAUGCCCCGGACAGCAAUUCACACCACAUCUACAUGUCGCUCAUUGUCCUGCUGAUCCUAAGUGAAGAUGAGGGCUUCAACAAAAACGUGCACACCAUCAUGCUAAAAAACAUCACUUGGUAUACAGAACGCACUAUAUCGGAGAUAUCUCUCGGCGGAAUCCUCAUCCUGAUCGUCAUCCGCACCAUACAGUACAACAUGUUGAAGAUGCGCGAUAAGUACUUGCACACCAAUUGCCUGGCGGCACUGGCCAACAUGUCUGGCCACUUCCGCGCCCUGCACCCCUACGUGGCGCAGCGAUUGGUCUCGCUGUUUGAAACGCUGGCUCGGAAGCACACGCGCCUGGAUGCGCAACUGAAGGAACCGGCCGACAGUGCGGUGUUUGUUAACGUGUCGACGUCGCCGGAGGAUAUGCUCCAGGAUCUGAGUGUGCUGGAGGAGGUGCUGCGCAUGGUCCUGGAAAUUCUGAACUCCUGCCUCACAAACCAGCUUGUUUACUGUCCAAACUUGGUGUACACGCUCCUGUACAAACGCAGCGUCUUCGAGGGCUUCCGGAGUCAUCACGCCUUCCAGGAUGUUAUCCAGAACAUCGACAUGGUUGUUGGUUUCUUUUCCUCACGUCUGCAACGCGUGCAGGAGCAGCGAGGUGAGCUUGGGGUCAACGAAGUACUCGAGGUUAUAUCGAAGGGUGCCAGUCAGUGGUCCAGCGAUCGGCUUAGAAAAUUUCCGGAUCUAAAGUUUAAGUACGUCGAGGAGGACGCUCCCGAGGAGUUCUUCAUUCCAUAUGUGUGGACGCUGGUUUGCAAAUACGGCUGCGUGCACUUCAGCUCUGAGAGUAUUAAGAGCGUCGCCACGGACAUUGCCUGCUAAUAUUUACUACUUACUCCCUUCCUCUCACGCACACACAGGCCUCCGCUUUGGUGUUUACCAUGUUUCAACGCUUCUCCGUUUGUGUUCUGUGCAGGAUUCUCUGAACUUUAAGCCAUAUACCACGCCCCAUCUUUUGAUACAAGCCAAAAUGUCGAAAUGUUAUAUCAAAACUAAAAACAAAGCAAGCAAAUUGUUGCGCUAAUUAAGAGGCAUACCGCAUCUCGAACGUUGACGAUAAAUUGAAACAAAGCAAACGAGAGAACUAACGAUAAUACUUAGAUCUAGUUACGCUAAUACUAUUGUGUACGUUAACAAGCAAUCCAGUCGGUAAUUGUUCAAGUUAAAACAUAGCAUAAUCCUUGAAACAUGAUCAUAUUUUGCUACGCCAACAACAGAGAGCAUAUUUAAGGAAAGUUAAGCUCCGUACGCCUGUAGGUCGAUUGUUCUAAUCAACGGGAAGAAGCAAAUCCAAUAAAAAAAAGUAUAUAUACAUAUAUUAAAGAAUCGGAAUAUAUAUGCAAAAAUAUAUUUACAUUUUAGUCUAUGAUAAUU